AUGGAUGAGGCCAAGAAAGAAAGAAGAAAUGCAAAAAGAAAGCUUCCAGCAACCCCACCAGAACCAAGGCGGCGAUUGCCCUUUAUACCUACCCAGGCCGUACAACAUUGUCCACCCAGACUACCUACACCACCUCCAAUGGCACCAGAGAAUAGGCCACAAACACCAGAGAUUUUGUCACCAACUACCCCAAGGCCACAGACAACAGAAAAUAGGCCACAGACAGCCCCAAGACCACAGAUGAGGCCACCAACUCCCCCGAGGCCACAGACACCAGAAAAUAGGCCACAGACACCCCCAAGACCACAGAUGAGGCCAUCAACUUCCCCGAGGCCACAGACACCCCCAAGACCACAGAUGAGGCCACCAACUUCCCCGAGGCCACAGACACCAGAAAAUAGGCCACAGACACCCCCAAGACCACAGAUGAGGCAACCAACUCCCCCAAGACCACAGAUGAGGCCACCAACUACCCCAAGGCCACAGACACCAGAAAAUAGGCCACAGACACCACUAACACCAAAGAUGCCCAACUCGAGACAUCUGAUAUUACCCUCAACACCACAGGCGACUCGGUCAAGAAUACAGGAAUCACCGCAGAGACCAGAGACACUGAUCCAGACGAGGCCACAAAAAAGACACCAGGUGUCCCAGCCUCCAUCAGAAACAAAAUUAUUAAAGUCGACAAAAGGGUAA